CCACACCAUCGCCAGUGGUUCGGCGGCGCAUGCAGAAUAAGAACCAGACUACCAGGCUUUUUAAUGCUGCAAGUUUGUUUAGACAGACAGCGUGCAUUUUGCAGUGACGAAAUGUAAUGUCGUAUUUAGAAGCCUAAUUAGCGGUGGAGACAAUGAAAAGUUUAGUCUGAUGAUCGCAGAGCCCAGUAGAGCUUUGAAAUACGGUGCGUAAAAGUGAUUCAGAAGCACUGACGGCACAGUCGCGGGCCAUGACGCGCGUGUAACGUUGUGAUCUGGAAAACUUGAGUGUAGCUAAUAUGUUAGCUGAGCUAAAGUUUGGGCAACUUAGUUUUUUAGACUUUUAGGGGCCGUCCUCCAAUGUCUGUGUGCGCGCAGAGGGAGUGCGCGCAGCCCGGUCCUGAUGCGCCGCUUUAAGCCUAGACUCGGUCGGUACGAGAGCGGAGAGCGGCUUUUGGCGGAAUGGCAUCGCGGUAAAGCGCUUUUGGCGAUGUUACGGUGAGCGCUGCGCCUCCGGUUCAUGGAAAGUUGGUUCAUGCAGCUGCGACUCGGCGAACUCUGCGUAACUUUUCCGUGUGAGGUGAGCGCGGCGGGCCAGAGCUGGAUGUGAUGGACAAUCCGUCCUCAGUCAUCACCCAAGUGAGCCGCGAUGAGGAGGCCAACAAGUCUGCGGCCGAGCGGGGCUCGUCCCCCUCCCUCUCCUCUAAGAAGCCCCGCAGCGGUGGGCUCUUCUCCAGCCUGCUGUGCUGCCUGUGCCGGGACCAGCCAGAGCCCCCUCCCGUCAACAACAACGCCCCCCUGCUGGAGGAGAACGGGACGGUAUCCAAGAUCCAGGUGAAGCCGCUGCUGCCUCCUGUCAAGUCCAAAGACUCGGGGAAGAUCUGUGUGGUCAUCGAUCUAGACGAGACCUUGGUGCACAGCUCUUUUAAGCCUGUAAAUAAUGCAGAUUUCAUCAUUCCUGUGGAGAUCGAUGGAACAGUGCACCAGGUGUAUGUCCUGAAGCGGCCGCACGUGGACGAGUUCCUCAAGAGGAUGGGCGAGCUGUUUGAGUGCGUGCUCUUCACCGCCAGCUUAGCCAAGUAUGCAGACCCAGUGUCAGACCUGCUGGACAAGUGGGGGGCGUUCCGCUGUCGUCUCUUCAGAGAGUCCUGCGUCUUCCACCGGGGGAACUACGUGAAAGACCUGAGCCGGCUGGGACGAGACCUCAACAAAGUCAUCAUCGUGGACAACUCGCCCGCCUCCUACAUCUUCCACCCGGACAACGCCGUUCCGGUAGCUUCCUGGUUCGACGACAUGUCCGACACGGAGCUGCUGGACCUCAUCCCGUUCUUCGAGAAGCUCAGCAAAGUGGACAACGUCUACACCGUGCUCAAGCAACAAGCCACGCCCCCCAGCUAACCACCCGGAACUACACCGCCACCCCGAGGCCGGCCGCAGCAACUACAGGCUCCUCACUGCCACAAAACCAACCCUCACAGCUGUCCGCCAUCUUGGAGCCUUACGAGACUGCUCAUUUUAUCGCCUACGUUUUUAGUUGUUACCAGCUAAUUCUGGACUGGUACCGAUCGCUGAAGUGAACUGUUCUGAUGAAAUAGACCCAGGGGAGUUUUUUUUUUCCACGAAGGUUUACAUGCAAUAAACUUUUGGAAGAUUUUUUGAAACCUUUCGGAAUAGCAUUAUAAGAAUCACACUAUAUUUGAAAUUCGGGUUGCCUUUUUAGCGAUUUUUAUCAAGGAAAAAAAAAAAUCAGUGUUAACGUGAUCGGAUCUACAAUUGGACAGCACUUUAUGAAAAAAUCGUGCCUUGUUUUGAGAAAGGAUGAACCAAGAUGGCCGCUGGUGGCUGCAGUAUUUUCUGACACUACAUCAGCACCCAAAGCAGCUGCUACAGGUUUUGGCUGAUCUCCUUGCCAUGUUUUUUGGUGAACAUUUUGGGGACCACGGCUCUUCUCCCCGUGUCCGAGCGACCGUGGGGCUAAUGCGCCUUCACUGUGGAGUCUUUCUAAAGCUACAGACGAAACUUGAACAACCCCGCGAACUGAGAAUACAGGAGACAUGACAGUUGGGGCACGGACAGUAGAAGCAAAGUGAUCCAGAAUUUCUACGACUUCUUGAAGACUUGGUGCAAACUACAGAAUUGAACUGUUUUUAUUGUUCAAAUAGGUUGGGUUCACGUCAAAAACAUCAAAACAUUCUAGAAUUUCUUCAGAUUAAACUGCGCUUGAGGACAGGUCAGAAUCUUCAGGUGGAAUAUUCUGCAGAACUGUUUUUGACCUGGUUUAUGGUUCUUAUCUCUAAUCAUCGGGCUUAUCCACAUGAAACAAACACUGACUCAAAAGUUCAACGUCUUCUCUGUCAGCAUAAAUAAACAAAAGUGAAAUGAUUUUUUUCACAGUAGCUUUGGAAAGUGGUGCCAUUUUUCAACCCCAGAAAUGUGAUUGUUGUCAGUGGAAAGGACUUUAAGCCAUGAGACGAAUAUAGCAAGUUUGUGGAGUCUAUCCCAAACAAAUAAUGUACAAUGUGUGUGGAUUUCUGUGUUGGAUAUUUCUUCCAAAAAACAUAAAAUCUCUCAUAGAGUUUUAUAAAGGCCCUUGCCCACCAUCUGAGACCAUAUUAAAUCAUAAAGUUCUAGUAUGUGAACACAACCUAUUGACUUAGAUUCUGAUUUAGUAGUUAGUUUCUUUUUGUAUUCUGUGUCUUUCUGGUAUCAUCAAAAGGUCCUACAGUGUACUCUUCCUCAAGCAGUUACAGAGAGGUAUCCAGCGUGAAGAUGUCUGCAAUCAAAACGGUCAAAAUGGUGACAGAAAAAUGGUUAAGUAGGCCAAGAGUUGUGCAGAGAACGUGCAAGAAAAGUGUAUUUACCCUCAGUACGGAACCCAGAGACGUGAACACUCAGUGCUUUGUGAUAUUGACCAUCCAAGUCUGCCAAAGCUUCCUUUGUAGGGAGUAUUAUACCUUGGUACAGCAGUGCAAUUUUCAGAUCUGAGGAACAGACUGGCAACUGAGCAACUGGUAGCUGUAAAAACUUUACUACAACAGUUCAAAUCAACUUAAAAACAAUUCAGUCCAAGCAUCCUACAAGACAGGAGCUGGACAGGCUGGUGAGUGACUCGAGAAUACAAGCAUCAUGAAUUUUGGACUUCCGGUCAUUGUGCAAUGCAUCCUGGGAAGGAUUUUCUAAAAAGUGAGCAUAAAACCGCCAUGUUUGUUUUUCACAGUGGGAUGCGUCUAUUGACAAAGCUGAUCUUUUCUGGUCUUUUGAACCAUAUCACUUUUGUUUCUGGUUCUGAUAUCGUCAUAUAGCGGGAUCCCGUUUAAGUGACAGGUGCAGAAGACAAACAGACUGAGCUGCACUUUCUUGUUCUUGUGGUUUUACAGCAACAUCAUGUCUUCGUCGCUUUGUAGUGGAAGGUGUUGGCAGCAAACUCAGGAUGAUUUCUUAGGCAGUCAAAAGUUUCCUUUUUGGUCCUUCCUGUGUAUCAAUCCUGCCCAUCGCCUUCGCUUUUCACUGUUUUUCAAUUCCGUUGGGAAGAGAAACAGUCUGAACGGAGGUUUGCAGUCACGCAGAUCUGAUUCCCUUUUGCAGUUAUGGAGUUCGCUAACUUCCAAAGCUCAUUUCUUGAGCCGUUUUCCACUGUUAGGAUCCAACAACCACACAAUUACAAUGUCCGAAUCCCAAAACUAAAAUAUGACAAUAUCAGAACCAGAAACAAAAGCGAUAUGGUUCAACAGACUAGAAAAGAUCGGCUUUGACAAUAGACGAUAGAAUAGAAUAGAAUUCAUGAUGCAUGUAUUGUUUUCAACAAUUUGGAAAUGAGCUCUCAAAGUGUAAACAACUUUGGAAAGAAGAGGAACAGUGGCUCUACUCUAAGCUCCUAACACCCCCCCUCAUCCGCCACGAUCACACUCAUCCUGUUACCUGAACUAGCUGUGAUAUCAUUUAAAAACACUCACGCGUUGUCACAUUUUAGAGCAUUACAAUAUAUAGGUAACUUAAGAAUAACUCUUGUCUCUUUCCCAAAUAUGGCCAUCACUUCCUCCUGCUGAAGACGUCCUGGAUCUACUCUUCUUCUACUGUCUGUUUUUAUGUUUUUAGUUCCACACGUUUUGAAGCGGUACAUGUUAAAACCAAUGUCAGUAUGUGCCACACAGAGCUGCCUUCAAGAAGACUCUCGAAAAGUCUGCCAUGUUUGUGAGCUCGCUGCCUACCCAGAUGCCUUCUGGGUAAUGUAGUCAUGUCAAGCUAAAGUGGAGUUACACUCAACUUUCUAUUUUUAUUUUAACUUUGUGCAUCGAUUUUAGUCCCUUGGAAGCGUUGACAAUAUUUAGACCGUUGUGAAUGAAAAUGGUGGAUUUGACAAAGCAAAAACGAAAAUCAAAUUCCAUCAUGAUAAGAGUUGUAACAUUAUUUUUCUAUAUUUAACAAAUUGUCAAUCAAAUUAGCAUGUUCCUUUUUUUUCUAAAUAAUUACCGAAUUAAUUUUUUUGAGUGAAUUUAAUGUAUAUAAUGUUUUGAAAAAUGGUUACUUCCUGUUUGAUGUCAUAAACACCAGCAAAAAAUAGUACAUAUUGAUUCAUGACAGGGUAAAAAUGACAAAAAUUGAAAUAGUGAAAUCUUAAAAACAUAUUUAUAGGCGCCAUGUUGUCACUAAGAGCCCACCUUGUUCCGCUCACACGUUUAGUAGGUGUGUAUAUUUUGUUUUGCACAGUAAGAAACGCAAACAAAAGUGGUUAAUAUAUGGAUUGUUCAUGUUACUGUACUCGUGAUUGAAUAGCUGUAACCUAAUUUUUUUGACCUGUUGUUUUAUCAUACCAAAUUAUAUAUAUAUGUGUAUGUAAUAAUGCCAUUUUCCUUCAUCAUAAAUGCUAAAUCAAAGA